CCCGCCUCUCCUCCCUCCCCCCACCGUUGCUUCCUUCUCCUCGACCGGCGCCGCGCGGCCGCUCAACCGCUCAGUCACUCAAGCUCAGUGGUACGAGCAACAGCUAAAAGUUUAAGAACUCGCUUGGUCAUCUAGUCUUUUUCCAUCGUUCCAAAGUCGAAACAUCAUGGCGAAAUCAGCUGCUGUUGGGAUUGAUUUGGGAACUACAUAUUCGUGUGUGGGAGUGUUCCAGCAUGGCAAAGUGGAGAUAAUUGCCAAUGACCAGGGCAACCGAACUACCCCUUCAUAUGUUGCCUUCACAGACACAGAGCGUCUUAUUGGUGAUGCUGCCAAGAAUCAGGUGGCCAUGAACCCUAACAACACUGUAUUUGAUGCCAAACGCCUCAUUGGCCGAAAGUUUGACGAUGGUGUAGUUCAGUCUGACAUGAAGCAUUGGCCUUUUACAGUCAUAAAUGAUAAUACAAAGCCAAAAAUUCAAGUAGAUUACAAAGGUGAAACAAAAGCUUUUUUCCCAGAAGAAAUUUCAUCAAUGGUUCUAAUAAAAAUGAAAGAAACUGCAGAGGCAUUCCUGGGCAGUACUGUGAAAGAUGCCGUGGUCACAGUUCCUGCCUACUUCAAUGAUUCUCAGCGUCAAGCUACCAAAGAUGCAGGAACAAUCUCAGGUCUGAAUGUUCUUCGGAUCAUUAAUGAGCCAACUGCUGCUGCCAUUGCUUAUGGAUUAGACAAGAAGGUUGGAGGAGAACGCAAUGUUUUGAUUUUUGAUCUUGGUGGUGGCACUUUUGAUGUGUCGAUCUUAACCAUUGAGGAUGGAAUUUUUGAGGUAAAAUCCACAGCUGGUGAUACUCACUUGGGUGGUGAAGAUUUUGAUAACAGAAUGGUAAAUCACUUCGUUCAAGAGUUCAAGCGAAAGUACAAAAAGGAUCCCUCCGAGAACAAGCGUGCUCUUCGCCGUCUCCGUACUGCUUGUGAGCGUGCAAAGCGCACUCUGUCUGCCUCUGCUCAAGCAAGUAUUGAAAUUGAUUCAUUGUAUGAGGGUGUUGAUUUUUACACAUCAGUUACUCGAGCAAGGUUUGAGGAGUUGUGUGGUGACUUGUUCCGUGGUACUCUUGAGCCUGUGGAGAAGUCCCUGAGAGAUGCCAAAAUGGACAAGGCCCAGAUUCAUGACAUCGUUCUUGUUGGAGGAUCCACUAGGAUUCCCAAGAUUCAGAAAUUACUGCAAGAUUUCUUCAAUGGGAAAGAACUAAAUAAAUCUAUAAAUCCAGAUGAAGCUGUAGCAUAUGGUGCUGCUGUACAGGCAGCUAUUUUGUGUGGUGAUAAAUCUGAGGCUGUGCAAGAUCUGCUUCUCUUGGAUGUUACACCUUUGUCUCUUGGUAUUGAAACUGCUGGAGGUGUUAUGACAGCACUUAUUAAGCGUAACACAACAAUCCCAACCAAGCAGACUCAGACAUUCACCACUUAUUCAGACAAUCAGCCUGGUGUGUUAAUUCAAGUUUAUGAAGGAGAGCGUGCAAUGACAAAAGAUAACAACCUGCUAGGUAAAUUUGAACUGUCUGGUAUUCCUCCAGCUCCACGAGGAGUGCCACAAAUUGAAGUAACUUUUGAUAUUGAUGCCAAUGGUAUUUUGAAUGUAUCUGCUGCAGACAAGUCAACUGGUAAGGAGAACAAAAUCACAAUCACAAAUGACAAGGGUCGUCUCAGCAAAGAAGAAAUUGAACGUAUGGUUCAAGAAGCUGAAAAGUACAAAGCUGAUGAUGAGAAGCAACGUGAUCGCAUUGCAGCAAAGAAUAGUUUGGAAUCUUACUGCUUCAACAUGAAAUCCACAGUGGAAGAUGACAAGUUUAAGGACAAGGUGCCAGAGGAGGAUCGCAACAAGAUAAUGGAAGCUUGCAAUGAUGCCAUCAAAUGGCUGGAUACUAACCAGCUGGGAGAGAAGGAAGAAUAUGAACAUAAGUUGAAGGAAAUUGAGCAAAUCUGCAAUCCCAUCAUUACAAAAAUGUACCAAGCUGCUGGUGGUGCCCCUCCAGGUGGUAUGCCAGGUGGCUUCCCAGGUGCACCAGGUGGCGGUGCUGCACCUGGUGGUGGUGGUGGUUCCUCUGGCCCAACCAUUGAAGAAGUAGAUUAAAUUCUUUACCUUAAUCCCUUUGGCUUAUGCACCUUAUAAAAUUUUUUUUUUGUACCAGUGAAUUGUAUUUCUGAACAUGCAUAUGUCUAAUGUUGUGCCAAAUUAUUGAAUGAGUUGAUAUGCAUAAUUUGUUUUAAAAGUCUUUCAGUUUUUAUUUACACGUGUUUUCAAUGUUUGUUAGGGUAUGCAGAUUUUCAGACUUCAAAUUGUUUUUCAUAUUUUGGCUGUAGAUAGCCUAUAUAAAGCCAGAGUACUUAGGUAUUUAUGAUUUCACCAAAGAACUGUUAUUGAGUUUUCAGAAAACUUGAAAUUAAUUUUUGUUCUCUCCCCAAAGAUAGUAAUUACUGUUUAUUCAAAUAUAAAUUUUAUAGGAA